GUGUGCGUAAAAAUGUGCUACAAGAUAUUACAGCUUUGUGCCUUGAGUGCUUCGUGCUUGGAUUCGCCUCUCUAGACCAAUGUAGCUUUGUUGAUGGCCUCGCCAUCCAAAGGGGUUCAGAUGCUUCGACUUUAACAUCAUAUUUCUCGCCGCAGUUCUACUUCGAGCCGAGUUGGGACACAGCAACGUCCCAUAUAGCAGCCGAGGAACACCGCAUGAUGCCUCUCGCGGCUCUCCUCCUCUUCACCGCGUGGAUUGUCCUCACGCUCGCCUCCUCCAAUGUCGAUGGCACAAGAUACGGCCAGAGCGAGUUCCGCAUGGGCGUCGUCCUUCCCCGGCAGCAGCAGCAAGGCCGCGCCAAUCUGCAAGCAUUCUCCGGGGCACUGGGCGGCGCGGAGGCCCCGGCCAUCACCAACUCGGGGAACCCGGAGAGGCCAUAUGAGGUCGACGGCGAUACUUUCCCGGAUUACGAUACAGCCGCAAACCGGGCAUGUGACAACCAAAAGAACGCGUGUGCGGACAUGGCGAACACCAAACCCGGGGUGGGCUUCAAGGUGAGCGAUUGUGACCGGCAAAAUGGUGAGUUCAUUCGCCCCGGGUUUCUUAUUCUUCUUCCAUUGUUGUCUAAGAAAAAGAGGUAUCUCAUACAGUGCACGAAGAGAGGCUGACAAUCCCGCGUGUUUCAAAUGGCAGAACAAUGCAAGAGCGCGGCGUCUGCGGCUACUGUGAAAAAGUUCCCGCCGUCGUCUCCGGUGUUGGUAGGCUCGGAUGAUACUUUCGAUUUCUUUUGCGAGGUCUGAGCCCUGGGACGGAGGGUUUGGUUUGUGUUUGAGAAACGCGGUUUCUGGUCUUCCUAGGGUACUUCGGAGGUUUGGCGCGAAAGGAAAAAUAACGGUGAUUUCGUCAGCCGUGGGGAUCCGGAGCUCGGGAGCUUGCUUUGGUUCGUUGCUCUCUGGUGUUUUGCUACCAUGCGGGCGUUGGACGCCUGCACAUUUGUGACACCAAUCAGGAAUCUUUGACUGUCUGGCAACGAGGUGGCUUACUCGGGCAUCAGUUAGGCCUAACUGCGUCAUUUGUUUCCGCAUAACUGAGCUGGCUUGUCAUUGUUGGCUGCUUGUCUUUAUCGGGUGCUGUCUGCAUUCGAACGUGGUCUCUGUUCACACUUUG